ACUUGAACUUUAUCCGCAGCACAGCGCUAACAGCGAUUGUAACGCAGCCGUUGUUCUCACGCGGCGACGAGCGACGAGCGACAAACCGUGUGUUGCGUGAAAAUCACUGAACCGUGAAAGUAAUACCGUUGCUGCAGUGCCAAUUCCCAUCCCCGGCGGACAAACAAUUGCAACAUUCCCGCUACACAUAGACGCAGUAAAUCACCAGCAUUAGCAAGCCAAGAGGCAGCUGCAAUAAAUGGAAAGCAGGCACACAGCAGAAGAGCAGCUCAGUGGAAUCAUAAGCGUGUUUGUAUGUAUAUGUGCGUGUGUGCAUACUUAGUUUAUGCAAAUACGAAUCAGCAGUGUAGAAGUGCGAAAUGAAGUCAACAUCCAGUGCCAUUUGGUGGAUAAAGAGUCCAAAGAAAACAUCGAAAAGGGCUAUAAAAAAGCGAAAGCAAUCAGUUGGCGCCAGAUUCAGCAAUGACAUGACGGAUCUAUUUCGCAACAUAUCGAUGCAUGCGUAUGGUAAAUUGGUCGACAACACAUUGAAUGUGUGGGAGAAAUUAAUAUGGUUGGCUGUGCAUUUAACAACAAUGUUCACGCUGUUUACGAUUCUGUCACUGAUAUGGGAACAAUUUGUCGCUCAGUACAUUGUCAUCAACCUAUCCAAUCCACUGUAUCCCAUUGAAUCCGUGGCAUUUCCAUCAAUUUCCAUCUGCUCGAACAAUAGAAUCUCAAGGCAAGCAGCAUUGGCGUAUGCAAAGGAGCUGAGUGCAAAGGAUCUUCAAGGCCGAAGCGUUGAGUAUUUCAUGGAACAUUUAAAGUUCUUCAUUCAUUUUUAUCAGAAAUUUGAUAUGGAUGUCGAUGCUGAGGCUUUCUCUAAUUUUCAAGCGUUGUUGGACAAAUACGAUACAUAUGAAAAUGAUACUUUCUAUGAUACACGGAGGGUGGCCGAAAUGCUCACGCCCACAUGUGAGAGUCUCAUACGUAAUUGCAAGCUAUCAGGUGUCGAAGUCGAAUGCUUCAGCCGUAAGACAUUUCAGAAAAGUUUGACGACUUAUGGAUUUUGCUGUACCUUUAAUACAGGAAAUUUUUACAACAAUCGUAAAAUGCGUGAUCAAUUCGUUAAUUCGGAACUUGGUUUGACGGUCGUUUUGAAUACCAGUCAUAAGGAUGAUUUUAUGUCCUUAUUGAAUAUAGAUGGUUACAUUGUCAUCGUCCAUGAUUCCGAUAUCUUUGCCGAUACAACAUCGGGUGAGUCACACGAGCUAUUUAUAACAUAUGGCGAAGAGUCCUUUCUGGCAUUGCAUGCUCUUUUGGUUUAUACAGAACCCAAUUUGAGUUCAUUUAGUCCGCAUACACGUAAAUGUUAUUUCGAAGAUGAGUUUUCUCUGUAUACAACGCGUACUCAAUGGAAUUAUAGUUUCUCCAAUUGCGUAACACGCUGCCGUAUUCGUAGUAUUAUGGCGUUGUGUCGUUGUAUACCCUUUUAUAUGGAUACCACAUUGUUGUCGGAUAAAGAUGGCGCCAUUUACUGUACCCUGCAACAUGUGCCUUGCCUGCUCAGCUAUAAAUUUAAAUGGAACAAUGUGCUUACACACCGCGAGUUCGUGCCGGGUUUACAACGUGCCUACGAAGAAGCUCUGUACUGUCCAGAAUGCCUGCCAGCCUGCAACGAUAUACAAUAUGGUGUGUCCUUCAUGGCGUUGCCUAUAGAUCGAUUCUUAGCUACCACUACAAAAGCUGAAUUGGAUAACAUCGGCCUGGAUUUGGAGGAGAUGUCUGUAUUGCGUAUCCACUUUGAUGAACCAUAUGCAAAGUAUUAUAAGCGCGUGGUGGGUAAUACGUGGUUUGAAGCAUUGUGCACAGUUGGUAAUGUAACCUCAAUAUUUCUGGGCUUCUCUAUUGUUGCAGCCUUUGAGAUUGGCUUCUUUGCAACAAAAUACUUAAUACUUGCAAUCAGAUCAGCCAUAAGCCAAGACCAUAAAGAAGGCAAAAAGAAAGACGAAAUGCAACUCUAUAUAUGUCCUUAAAUAAGUUAAAAUAUUUUUCACGCAUGUAAUUCAUUCGAUGUUUUAUGGUAGAUAUGUAGGUACACCUC